AUGGUUUUUGAUCCACGGUACAAGAUGGAUUCUGUGAGGUUUUGCUAUGAGAAGUUGUAUGGGGACAACAAUGUUGCUAAAGAAAAGUGUUGUGAGCUUCGAGGGAAGAUAUGUGAUUUACUGAAGUUGUAUGGUGAUCCUACUGAUCAAUCUCAAUCCCUUGCUGAGGAUUUUGCUGAAGAUGUUGACUAUGGAGAUGAUAUGGAUGAGUUUGAUUCUUUUGGGGAAAACCAGUUCUUGGGCGAUAAAACACAACUCGAUGAAUAUUUAGAUGACAAGAGACUCAAGCGCAUACAACCAUUGGAUGUUCUUCUCUGGUGGAAGAAUAAUGAAACUCGGUUCCCAGAGCUUGCUCACUUGACCAGAGAUAUUUUGAGCAUUCCAGCAACAACCGUAGCAUCGGAGUCGGCUUUCCGUAUGGGAGGGAGAGUGUUAAACAACUGGCGAAGCUCUCUUUUGCCCGAAAAUGCCGAAGCUUUGAUAACCACACGCAAUUGGUUAUAUGGGUUUCCAAGUGAUGAUCGUGAUAAUGGGCUUGAGGUGAAGAUUUCAAAGGCUAUUCGAACAUCCUCGAUGGCUGCUAAUUAUACUCCUAUCUCUAAUGAAUGA